UUAAGAGAUUAAUCGAUUUUUUUUUAAAACAUUAUAUAGUUAAAAUACAGGAUACAAGAAUUCUAACCUUGUCAGUACUGUUGUCACAGCAUGUACAUUGAGGGGUGUGUGAAUGAGUAGGUUUGUCUUAUUUGUAUGUGUUUACCUUAGCUCAGAACACUGAGCUCAUACCAGUGAUGGAUCGCAGGAGUACAGUGUGAGCCACAUCUGGACCUUUUCCUGGGCACAUUCUUCUCCCCCAGCUGUCUGCUCCCAGCUUAUUCGUGGAUCCGCUGCCGUACUUCUCCCUGUGAUCAUGGAUUAUCUUCAUCGGAAGGCGAGCUCUUCCAUCCGAGAAAAGUACGUGAGGCUCAAAGAAGUCAGAGCGGAGAAGAGCGAGCUGACCCUCAACGAGAAGGUCUUCUUGCUGGCUUGUGAAAGAGGUGACUAUUACACAGUGAGGAGCCUCCUGGAGGAGGAACUCCACAAGGGCCUCGAUAUCCACUGUAUGGACCCGCUGGGCCGCAGCGCCGCGUCCAUCGCCGUCCAGAGCCAGAACCUGGAUGUUCUGCAGCUGCUGCUGCAGCACGGUUGCCAGUCCACAGAUGCGCUUCUGUUGGCCAUCAGUUCAGAAAUGGUGGAAGCUGUAGACAUCCUCCUCAACCAGCAGCAGCCCCGCCCAGCAUCCAUGGCAAAACUGAUGGAGCAGAUCCAGAACAGCGAGUACUUCACCACCAUGGACGUCACGCCCGUCAUCCUGGCCGCCCAGAGGAACAGCUACGAGAUCCUGGCGCUGCUGCUGCGCCGCGGAGUCUCACUGCCCCGGCCGCAUGCCGCGGGCUGCCCCUGUGCCCUGUGCCACGUCAAGAACAGGAAGGACAGCCUUCGGCACUCCAGGUUUCGCCUGGAUAUCUACCGCUGCCUGGCAAGUCCAUCCCUGAUUAUGCUCACUGAGGAGGAUCCCAUCCUGAGGGCCUUCGAGCUCAGUGAUGACCUGAAGGAGCUCAGUGCAGUGGAGGUGGAGUUCAGGAAUGAGUACCAGGAGCUGGCCAGGAACUGCACGAUGUUUGCCACAGACCUGUUGGCCCAAGUACGCAACUCACGGGAGAUGGAGGUCAUCCUGAAUCACACAUCCAGUGAGGAUCUUGUGGGGGACAGGACAGCACAGGAUGGGCACGUCAACCUCAGUUGCCUCAAGCUGGCCAUCAAGUACAACCAGAAAGAGUUUGUGGCCCAGUCCAUCUGCCAGCAGUUCCUCAACACAGUUUGGUUUGGUGAGAUGGCCUCUUUUCGCCGCUGCCACCCCCACCGUCAGAUCUUGGUGGUGCUGGCGGUGGGGGUGCUGUGGCCGGGUCUAGCGGCCUGCUACCUGCUGGCGCCUCGCUCGCUCCCGGGCCAUGCCAUGAGCACGCCCUUCAUCCGGUUCCUGGUGCACAGCGCCUCCUACAUCACCUUCCUGUUGAUGCUCAGCCACUCCUCACUGGGGUGCUCUGCAGACAAACGGCAACCUGCAGAGCUAGCACUGGGGGCCGUCGACUACCUACUGAUCAUGUGGAUCCUGGGAAUGGUGUGGUGGGACCUUGAGAUCAUCUGGCACGAGGGGCUGCAGGACUUCAUGGAGGAGUCGCGCAAUCUUCUCAGCUUUUCCAUGAACGCGCUCUACCUGGCAACCUUUGUGCUGAAGGUGGUGGCACACGGCAAGUUCGAUCACUUAGGAGACAGGACCAGCUGGGAUGCGUUUCACCCCAUCUUGGUGGCCGAGGGACUCCUCGCCCUCGCCAGCGUUCUGAGCUACCUGCGGCUUUUCUUUGUGUACACCAGUAGCGCCACCCUCGGCCCAUUACAGAUUUCAAUGGGCCAGAUGCUGCAAGACUUUGGGAGGUUCCUGAGCCUCUUCCUCCUGGGGCUGGUGUCUUUCUCCAUGGGGCUGACCCAACUGUAUGGCAAGGAGGGAAUGGUGGAAGACCAAGCGACAGAGGUCGGCUGCCAGGGCAUAUACUGCAAGCAGCAGACCAACGAUGUCUUCCGCUCGUUCCAGGGCACCUGCUCAGCCCUGUUCUGGUACGUCUUCUCCCUGGCCCACGUGUCACUCUUCGUAACUAGGAUCGGGCCGAUGGAAGAGCCACGUUCUUUCAUCGGCGCCCUAAUCGCUGGCGCCUACAAUGUCUCCGUCGUCCUGGUCCUCAGCAAGCUCCUCGUGGCCGUGCUGCACAACAGCUUUCGCCGGAUCACCAGCCACGAGGACCAGAAGUGGAAGUUUGCCCGGGCUAAGCUGUGGAUGAGCUAUUUCGACAACAGGGCCACCCUGCCCCCACCCUUCAACAUCCUCCCUACACCCAAAGCCGUGGGCGAUCUGCUCACGGCCCUGAGCAGGCUGGUUCACUCUCGCGUCACCGCGGAUACGGAGGAAACGGAGAAGGAAUGCAGGAGCCGGAAGGCAAAGCAGGAAAAGAACUAUCAGAAGGUCAUGUGCUGCCUGGUCCACCGCUACCUCACCAGCAGCAGGCAGAAGAUGCAGAGAGCUGGACGAGCUACGGUGGAGAACCUCGAGCACCUCCGAAAGGAGCUGUCCCGGUUUCGCAGUGAGAUCCGUGCCGUGCUGCGAACUCCCUAGGGGCUGAGUGCAGCAGGUCCGGCUGUGACGGAAUUGAACCCGUAACCCGACGGUGUCAGAAGCGGACAGUUAUGCUCCAGGGGAUUAUUUUUACCCAAAACUGUAAUAAAAUAUUCAGCUAUUCCAGAAGUAAGCUGUGUAAACAAUGCAAACUACUUCAGACUGAAGUCGGUCCUGAGCCAAUAAGCAUCAAAGUCCAGCCAAAACUGAAACCCUUUGGCUUUUUAAACAUUUUUUAAAAAUAUUCUCAGGAUUAAGGCCCCAUAAUAUAUGAUACCAGCCUAAUUAUGAUCAGUUAAUUUGGGAUCAUAAGUCAUAUUUCAUACACCAGUCAACGUAAAUAUAAUUGUUUUUGCCCAGUUAUUCUCUCGGUAUUGAAAAUAAUAAAUCACUCAAAUUUUUGUCUUGCCAAAUAGCAAAAAAUAGUGUGUCUGCCUGCCAGUUUGCUUAUUGAGUGACAGAGGCAUUGAAAUUGUAGACAGAUCCAGUUAAGUUUGGCUUUUGGCUUGUGCAACCUGGCCGUGGUCAGAAUAUUAAUUCAAUAUAAAUUAAACUGCUUUGCAUUGUUUUUUUUCCACGCAAUUAAAAGUAACGGAGACAACAUGA